AUGGCCCCCUCUUCUCUCCAACAUCGCCGCACACACAAUCUUCUACUGAUAUCGAAACUCCUUAACCAACGCGAUGCAGCCUCUCCUUUCACACUUGUGCUCGACAGCUUGGAGCAAUCGGGCAAACCACUACUGGCGGAGUUCAUGAAGCGAGCAAAAUCGUCAAAUACGAAAGUAAUACUAGUCUCAUGGGAAACACUACGAAAGCCUCGCGAUGCCGAUGUGGUUGUGAGAGCCUGGAAGCAGAGUUUGCGAGAAUGGCAGAAUGAGAUCGCAAGUCAUCUCAAAGCGGACCCCGAGCAGAAGAAACUCAUCGUCUUUGAUAGCCUGAACACAUUGGCCGCUUCAGAAAGCUCUCAUCUUCCGGCUCUACUAUCAUCUUUCAUUGGUCCAUCAAGCUCAAUACUGGCACAGUACCAUACCGAUGUGCCUGAGUCACUACACUCCGGAGUUCGCAACGCAUAUGGACCAUCCGCUCUGACGCUGCUGAGAUACCUGGCGACUACAAUCUUCACAACGCACUCGAUACAUCACGUCUUGGCAAGAAAAGCCGCCCGAGAACGAAGUCAUGCAGAGCCAGUUUUCGGACUCGAGCAAGGCGUCGAAGGAGUCUUGCAGGGACUGGGAGCGAAUGGUAUAGACGGACUGGUACUGGAGAUGGAGCACAGACGUAAGAGUGGGCGCGGUGUACGGGAGUGGUACUUCCUACCGCUUCGGGUGCAAGCUGCAUCUUCCACGUCUACGACCCGGCCAAAGGAGAUUGUGACUCUGCUUGAGAAUCAUGCGGAGUACAAGUCACCUGAAGAGACAGAUCAUGGUACUGCGAACACGGCUGGCGAGGCAGACACGACAUUCGAAAUUGGUCUUACGGAGAAGCAAAGGCGGGAUCGAGAGGGAGUUGUUCUGCCGUACUUUGACGCACAGAAAGGUGGUGGGGAUGGUGGGAGGAUUCUGUAUGAUAUUGGGUCGGAGGAUGAUUGGGACGAGGACGAGGACGAGAUAUGA